CGCGGGGGUCAGGAGUUCUCUCUCACAGCCAUCUUGGAUAUAACGUCCAGAGUCGGUGAGUGUCUCUGCGGACAAUCCAACAUCAUCCAGCCGUUUCUUACAAAUCCUCGUCUCCGUUAAAGCAACCAUGCCCGGUGAAGCCACAGAAACGGUCCCCGUCACCGAGCAGGAGAUGCAGCAGCCACAAGUGGAGACUGCUGCAGGAGUUCUGAUUACUACUACUCCUGAGAUGGCUGUUCCCACAGUGAACAAAGAAGUGCCACUGGAGAAUCUUCCAGAACCCCCUGCUCCUGCCCAAGAGAUAAGCCCCCCAGAAACUAGCAUUGAGUCACGUAUUGAUCCACCAAAUGGUGUUGCUGCAGCUCAAGAAAUGGCCGAACAAACAGAAAAGAGUGGCCUGGAAGCAUCACCAGUUUCACAGCAAGUAACAGCUGCUGACCCAGCAGAGGCUUCCGCUGGUCUGCCAGUUCCUGAAGAGUCCGUGCCUUCACCCAAAGCUCCAACUGAAGAGGUGCAAAGUCAGGAAUCUGUGGUUGCUGCUGAAGAAUUGGUUGGUGAAGAGGCUAAGCAGAUUCCUGAUGAAGUUAAUCCCUCAGGAGAAGAGACGGAAACCGUGGCAGAAGAAAUGCCAGGUGAUCCUGAACCAUCUGCUCUGGAACCAUCUCCUCCUAUACCUGCUGCUCCUGAAGAUGUCAGUUUAAACGGCGAAGACGCAAAAAUUGAAGUAGAGAGUCCAAGAAACCUUACCCUGAAUGCAACUCAAGAAGUAUUGCCUGGUGUUGUGAACAUUGACGUGGCCACUCAAAAGGAAAAUCUCGUCAAAGAACCUGUUAUACUUCUUCCCAAGGUCGUUCAGUCUAAGAGGACCGCCAAAUGUGAAGGCCCACACAUUACCACUCGCCACCUGUCAGGAUCUGGCACUGAGUCAGACAGCGAUGACUCAGUCCCUGAUCUGGAGGAACAGGACUCUGCACAGACACAGACACAGCAGGCUCAGCUUGCAGCAGCUGCUGAGAUUGACGAGGAACCUGUCAGCAAAGCCAAACAGAGCCGCAGUGAAAAGAAGGCACGGAAGGCAAUGUCAAAGCUUGGUCUCAGGCAGGUAACAGGGGUCACCAGGGUCACAAUUCGCAAAUCAAAGAACAUCUUGUUUGUCAUCACCAAACCAGACGUCUACAAGAGCCCUGCAUCAGACACAUACAUCGUCUUCGGUGAAGCCAAGAUUGAAGAUCUUUCCCAGCAAGCCCAGCUGGCUGCCGCAGAAAAAUUCAAGGUACAGGGAGAAGCUGUAUCAAACAUCCAAGAAAACACACAGACGCCAACAGUACAGGAGGAAAGCGAAGAAGAAGAGGUUGAUGAAACCGGAGUUGAGGUUAAAGACAUUGAACUCGUCAUGUCGCAAGCCAACGUGUCGCGGGCGAAGGCUGUACGGGCCCUGAAAAACAACAAUAACGACAUUGUCAAUGCUAUUAUGGAGUUGACGAUGUAAACCAGUGUCAACGAGGAGUUGGAGAAAUGUUGCUGAUUUAAUCUAAGCUCGUUUAUACAAUUUAUACCCAAGAUGGAAAUAAAGUUGUGGCUUGAUAAAAUGAAA